ACACAUAACAUACUCAUACCUUAUGUUAUUAUUUAUAAUAGCUGGUAAAAUUACUAAUGAUGCCAAUAUUUUGAUUGUUGUGGCUGGUACAGUUGGUGGUAUUGUAGUGAUAAUAUUGUUCAUAAUAAUAAUAAUAAUAAGGGCUAUGAUCAGCUUUGAUAAGAGAAAGAAGGAGAAAAUAGAAAUAUCGAAACGCUCUGAAAUUGCUAUUUCACAGCAAUCACAAGCUGAACCUAAUGAUUAUCAAGAAUUUUAUCUAACAGUUAUUGAAAGUCCUAAGAGUGAGGGACCAAUGAAUCAAUGCGAUCAACACCUUACAUCAACAACCACACAAGAAACAACUUUUAAGGACAGUAUAUCAUCAACAACAUCAAAUGAUACUAUUCAUGAUACUGAGUACACUACUGAUCCUCCUGUUAGAGUUAAUGUCAGUAAUGACAACGCUACUGCUACUGUUGCUCCUACUUAUGCUUCUAUUGCUAAAACUGAUACUACUGUUCCACCUGCUGAUGAUCAAACGGUUGAAUAUAAUACUAUUACUGGAGAUAUUUAUAAGAGAGGGGGUGUUAAGUUUUGUCAUCAUGACAAUGCUAGCAAUAUUGUUACUGGAGAUCUUAACUCAACUACCAGUGAAGAUGAGGUUGCUGCUGAUCUGUCAGAUAGUCCCACUACCUAUAAUAAUUCAGACACCACUAGUGAUCCUGUCAGUAAAUGCAGUGCUGAGUCACCUCAGGCUUCAUCAAAUGGUUACACUUAUUCUAAAGCUAAAGAAGAAUCUCACACAAAAGGAGCUUCUAGUCUUUGUGUUACACCACCAGUUGAACAACCAAAAGAUGACAACACUGCUGCUACUUUUCAAUUCAGGCAGCAUAGUGCCAAGCCACAUCAAUACAUAAGUUGACGGCAUAAUAUAUCAAUAUAUCAGCAUUUAUCAGUUUAAUAUAGUUUAUGUUGAUUGCAGUUAUGUGUAUAUUCAAAAGAGUUCUCUGUUCCUUAUUCCUUCGUUAUUAAUUUUGUUCAUUUUUUACCUUAUUUUUUUACAU